AUGUCCCUUACAUUGGAGGUCAGUGGGAAGAAUGUCCCUUACAUUGGGGGUCAGUGGGAAGAAUGUCCUUACAUUGGUGAUCAGUGGGAAGAAUGUCCCCUUACAUUGGUGGUCAGUGGGAAGAGUGUCCCUUACAUUGGAGGUCAGUGGGAAGAAUGUCCCUUACAUUGGUGGGUCAGUGGGAAGAAUAUCCCUUACAUUGGGGGUCAGUGGGAAGAAUGUCCCUUACAUUAGGGGUUAGUGGGAAGAAUGUCCCUUACAUUGGUGAUCAGUGAAGGAAGAAUGUCCCUUACAUUGGGGGUCAGUGGGAAGAAUGUCCCUUACAUUAGGGUUAGUGGGAAGAAUGUCCCUUACAUUGGUGAUCAGUGGGAAGAAUGUCCCUUACAUUGGAGGUCAGUGGGAAGAAUGUCCCUUACAUUGGGGGUCAGUGGGAAGAAUGUCCCUUACAUUGGAGGUCAGUGGGAAGAAUGUCCCUUACAUUGG